CACUUCGGAAAGGCCCCUUUUUAGCUAGCUAGAAACGAAAGUAAAUAGGAAUCACAGUACAACCAAACUAUCAUACUAAUCAAUUGUACAGUAAGUCCCAUUUGAAAAUCAAAAAUACAUAAUGUUUGUUUCGGCUGAAUGCACUCCACUGAGUUUCAAAGACUUUAUCUUAAUUAUGCCAGCAGUUUCUGUAGGAAAUGUGGGACAGCUCGCGGUGGACCUGAUCGUUUCUACACUCAACAUGUGUCGAGUCGGAUACUUGCACACAGACUGCCUGAUCCCUAUGGCAGGGAACAACCCCUAUGCUACAUCUGCAGAAAACGCUAACGAUCUCAGUACCAGUGCGGAAGUGUAUUCCUCUCCGGACUUGAAGUUGGCAGUUCUUCAGAUCCGAAGCCCAAUAAUUCAGAAAAAAUCCAAGAAGUUCCGUAAACUGCUGGUUUCUUGGAUGAAAACCAGUGGUUUCUCCAGAACGGUUGUGUUGUCCAGCAGUCAUGCGUACCAGAGAGACGACCAACAGCUGCUGGGCACCCCCCUGCGUUACCUGCUGACCCCCUCCAUGCAGAAGGAGACCGGUGACCAUCUGAAGGAGAUGGACUGGAAGGAGAUGGAGACAGUAUCAGCUUUCCCUGGAGUCAGCGACUCAGAGCAGCGUCUCUGCAUACCUGGGGGGGGUGUCACUAAGGGCCUGUUCACUGCCAGCUGUGCUGAGGACAUUCCUCUGGCGAUUGUUCUGAUCUUCUGCUCAGAGGGAGACAACAUCCCAGAUGCCUUCACUCUCCUCAACCACCUCAACACCUGGCUCCACCUGGUGGAGACACCUAUCCAGACACAGCCAAAAUGGAGAAUACCUGCGUCGUGGAGGCUUCUCUUCGGGAGUGGUCUCCCCCCUGCUCUCUUCUGAAUCACCCUGUGGAAAAAAUAAAUGGGCUACAUUGUGCACUUCCAGAAAGCACUAUGGUGUUAUUUGGAUAGACAGUUAUUAACAUCAACAAUCAUCCCUCCUUCACCACUGCUAAAUUCGCAUCAUCCCAGAGGGUAAACUUCCCUUUAUCUUGAGGUGGUAAAACAGAGCCUCUGUCCAAUGCUUUUAUGGGAAGUGAAUUAUUUAUUGGUAUGCAACUCAAUUACAGGUUGGUCAAACUCUUAGAAAAUGGAUGAGGAUGUGAGAACCAAGCUUAGCCCUGAAAUGGGCAUAGUACUUGUCUUUACCUUCCCUGAGGAUGAUGUAUCAAUAUUUACUGAACUGUUAUUUUUAUAUAAACUAUCAAGUCUU